AUGACAGCCCCUGAGCUUGUUUCCAAGAGCCGGUGCUUCCAUGGCGAAGUGCACAAGUACAUGCACCAAUCGACAGCAACGCAAAGCAAAAUGACGUUCAACAUUUACCUUCCGGACGCAGCGCUCACGGGCAAAGAAAAGGUGCCCGUUCUGUACUAUCUCUCGGGCCUCACCUGCAACGAAGACAACAUGAUCACAAAGGGCGGAGCCCUGGCCCACCUGUCCAAGCACCAGAUCGCCCUGGUGACGCCCGACACCAGCCCGCGCAGCUGCGGGAUCCCAGGCGAAUCCGACGACUGGGAGCUGGGCACCGGCGCCGGCUUCUACGUCGACGCCACGCAGGAGAAAUGGUCCAGACACUACAACAUGUACACGUACGUGCAUCAGGAACUGCAGGACCUGGUCAAGGAGCAUUUUGCCGUCGACGCCCUGCGCACGUCGGUGUUUGGGCAUUCGAUGGGCGGGCACGGGGCGCUGAUGUUGGCGCUGAGGAACCCGGGCCAUUACCGCAGUGUCUCGGGCUUUGCGCCCAUCUGCCACCCGUCCACCAGCGAGUGGGGGCGCAAGCAGUUCACCGAGUAUCUGGGCAAGGACGAGGAGCUGUGGGCCCGGUAUGAUGCCACUGAGCUCGUCAAGCAGUACGAGGGCGAAAGGCUGCCGAUUCUGAUCGACCAGGGCGCCGACGACCCGUUCUACAAGUCAAAGCAGCUGCAGCCGUCCCACUUUGUCAUUGCCACCGAGAGCAGCCGCCGCAACGUGGUGCUUGAGAACCGCGUCCAGCCGGGCUACGACCACAGCUAUUGGUUCGUGCAGUCGUUCAUGGAGAGCCACAUCGAGUUCCAUGCCAAGCAUCUCAAGCAGUAAGGGCGGAAAAACAACAAAAAACUGCCAGGUCAUAGUGUUUUUUUUCGGCCAAGGAGCCAGCCGAAUAGCACAAAGCGCCCUGGGACGGGUGGAAAAUCUCUUCAAACUUUCCAGCGCAAUGGCUCCCGUUUGUUUAGAGCCCAACGCUGGGGGGGGGGCGCUCUUCGCUCCUCUUCUUCACUUGUAUCCUCUUCAUACUACUCCAGAGAUAAAAUAACAAAUGGUUCAGAUUAACUCGACUGGUAGGUGAAAUUCCGCAACGUUUGGUUGCUGCAUUUUUUCUUUUAUGCUCACACUCAGUCGGAUGCAUCGCAACCCUUUGUAGAUGCUUUCAUCGUGGGCGGAGCACGC